AUGGACAGUGUGGCAAGGGUGCGCCAGGAGCAGGUGGAUGUCUUGGACCAGAUGAACAGGAUGGAGCUCUGGGCAAAGAGCGUGGAGAGGCGCUCUUUGGAGCUGACUCGGACCAACAGGCAGCUGAGGUCCUCUGUGGAAAAGUACAAGAAGGAGGCUGAGCACCAGCGCGCCAAGGCGGAGCGGCAGGCUGAGCUGGCGGUGGCGGCUGAGCUGGCGCGUGCAUCAGCCGAUGACGAGGCGCAGCGCCUGCGCUCCAAGUUCGCGCGCAGCGACAAGGGGACUGCUCUGCUCAAGGCAGCUAGAUUGAAGAUGGAGCUGGAAGCCUGCAGGGAGAAGCUGGCCUCUGCAGAAGCCGGCAUGAAGGAGCAGGAGCUGAAGGUGGAGGCAGUAAAGGGAGAGGCAAAGGCGCUGAGGGAGGUUUUGCAUCAGCAGCAGCAAAAGCACUCCCAGCAGGACAGCGUGCCAGCUCAGGAGGUCAGCGCCCUCAGAGGGCAGCUGGCGGAAGCUGAGCAGCGCUGCCGGGAAGCCGAGCAGCGGCUGGCGCAGCUUACGGACGCCGAGAAGCGGCGCGGGGAAGCCGAGGAGAAGCUGCAUGCGCUGGAACUGCAGCUGGAGGUUCAGGCAAGAGAGGCACGAGAGCAGGCAGCAGAGCGCGCAGAGGAGCAUGCGCAGGAGUUAUUAGGAGCAAAGAAUGAGGCGGCGGCACUUGCAGAGGAAAAGGAGACACUGCAGCAACGGCUGGCAGAUGCUGAGCGGCUCCGACGGACCAUGAUCGAUGCUGACAGGGACCAUGAGGAGGGCAGCCGGGAAGCCUGGCACGAUCUGGCCGAGCGGCUGGUGCAGGCAGAGAGCUGCGCCGCCACCGCUGAAAAGGAGCUUCGCUUCCAGGUUCAGGCGACAGAGAGCCUGCAGGAAAGCGUGGACACGCUUGCAGCCGAGCGCGACUCGCUGCAGCGGCAGUGCCAGGACCUGCAAGCCGACGCGGCGCAGGCCGCUGCUGAACACCUUGAAACCCUGGAGCGCCUGAUGCAAGAGGGCGCACAGGCGCGGGCAGAGGUGGAUGCGAACGCCGCCCGCCUCGCGUCAGCCGACACCGAACUGCACGCGCUGCGCGCCGCUGCAGCCGAUGGCUCCGCGGCGGCUGCCGUCGCGUCUUCAGCUGAGCGCGCGGCUGCGGCUGCGGCCGAGGCGGCGCAGCUGCGCCAGCAGCUGGACGCCGGCCGCGCAGCGGCGGCAGCCGCCGUGGAAGCUGCGGCGGCGGAUUCGGCGGAACUCCGGUGGCGGCUGGAGGCCGGCGCGGCGGAGGCGGCCGAGGCGGCGGCCGCGCGCGACGCAGCACUGCUGGAGGUGGCGGCCGGCCGCGCUCGCAUCACCGCGCUGGAGGCCGAACUGCACGCUGUGCGCGACACGCAUGCGAUCCAGGCUGCGGAGCUGGCAGGGCGCUGCGAGGAGAAGAGCGCGCUGCAGAUGCGGCUGGACGAGGCGGCGGACUGUUCGGACCUUGCAGUCUCAGCUCUGCGCGCUAAAGCAGAGGAGCUGCAGCGGCAGCUGACAGAGGCUGAUCAGGCGCUGCAUGCCGCCACACAACGCCUGAGCGAGACGCAGGAGCAAGUCUGUGCGGCGGAGGCAACAGCACGGGAGACCGCGGUACAGCUCGGCAGCGCGCUUGAGAGGUGCAGAAUAUUAGAGGAGAAAGUGGCCGAGGCAGCAAGGAGGGAGAUAGAAUCAGAGGUGCAAAUUGCAGAGACUCAGGCAGCGGCGAAUGAGCACAGCAGCCGCGAGCAGAUACACUUGGAGCAGAGCGUGGCACAGGCGCAGCAGAUCAUCUCGCUCAACGCGCAGCUGCAGGAAGCCGCCGGGAAGCUGGCGGAAGCCGAGCGGCGCCAGGAGGAAGCCGGCGCGCAGCUGCGGGAAGCCGCCGCACGGCGCGAGGAUCUUGACGCCGAGCUGGACGCCGCGGCAGAGGAGUUAUUGCGCAAGGGUUACGAACACGAGGAGAAGGUUACAUCACUGCUGCAGCAGCUGCACGGCGCGCGUGACAGGCUGGCGGCUGCCGAGGCUGAGCUGGCGUCCGCGCAGGACGAGAACAUGCAGCUCUCAGGCGACUGUGCAGGCGCGCUGCUGAGACCUGUUCCAGUCUUUUGGAAAUGCAUGUGCCUGGAGCUGGAAAACGCGCGCGAGGCGGUCGCGUCAGCGCUGAGUCAGCACGCAGCCGCCGCGGCCGACGCCGACGUAGCGCGCGCGGCUGCCGGCCGGGAGAUCUCGGCUGUUACGGCGCGCGCCGAGGAGCUGGCCGCUCACCUGGAAACCGCCUGCAGUGAGAACGCUGCACUGUCUGCCAAGCUGAAGGAGAUCGCAAGUGAUAACGCCAGCUUGCAGGAGCUUGGGGGUGCACGGUGCGACGCGCUGGCGAAGCAUCUAGAGGUGAAUCGCGCGGAGAAGGCGGCGCUAUUGGGAAGGUGCGAUGAGCUGGCGGCUGAUGUGGCGGCGCUGCGCGAUGACGUGGCGGCCGCCGAGCGCCGCUGCGAAUCCGCCGAGGCCAGCGCCAGCGAGGAGGCACGCGCAGCGCUGGAGGCUGACGUGGCGCGACUACGCGCUGACCUGGACGCCAGCUCGCGCCAGGUGGCCGACCUGACAAAAUCGGCAGAGGAGUCGCAUGCGCGCGCCGCAGCACUGACAUCUGAUCUUGAGGCCAUGACUGCGCGGCUGCAUGAAAGCCUGUCAGACGCAGAGGCGGCAGAGGCACGAGUGCGGGGCCAGCACAGCGCUGCGGUGGCGGCGCUGCAGGGCAAUCUAGAUUUGGCGCUGGCUCGAGCACCUGAAUUGGAACGGCAGCUGCGAGAUGCGCGCUGCGAAAUGGACGAGCUGGAAGCUAGCGCGCGCAGCGUGCACACCUCCCUGCAGAUUGCGCAGACUGAGGCGGAUGGUCUGAGAGAGGAGCUGGCGGGUGUGCUGCGUGCAAAGGCGCAGCUUGAGGCCAAGUCAAAACAUUCUGAGGCCGAAGUGGCGGCAAGGGAGGAUGAGCUUAGAGCCUGCCAGGUCCAGCUGGAACGCCGCGAGGCAGAGGUGCACAAUGUCAAGGCACUGCUGUCAUCCAGCCUGCAGCCCCGCAUCCCUUGUCAACCCCUGCCUCGACUCAUCUCCCUUGACUGCGCCGCGGCUGUUCCCUCCUCGCGCGCCACUGGCCUCGGCCGCUUGAACCACCGGCAGGGCCUCGGCAGCCGCUACCCACCGCGGCCGGCGACGGCCGACGCAUGUCUGGGUAACACACCCAAGGCAACCAUGCGCGUGCAUCCACGUGCGCAUGCGCCGACCGGUGCUCUUCCCGCCGGCAUCGAGGCGGAAGUCGAGCGGCGGCUGCGACUAAGCAGUGACGAAGCGGACGCCGCAGUCGUGGUGGAGAUCUGCAGCCCUGUCAAAGGCCGAAGCGGCCUGAUCUUCUCACCGGCAAAGUUCGGGGCCACCGUCCCUUCAAGGGUGAAUGAGGAAUUGACAGUGGCGCUGUCGGGGGCGUCGAUCGUUUCCGGGGGUCACGCGCCGACGCGGCGUUGCGCGCGGCCGAGGCAGGCCCGGCCCGAGGAAGCACCGGCCAUGCAGCAGAGCCGCCGGCCACUUCCAGGGGAGGGGCCACACCCUGUCAUAGAGCGUGUUGUUGUUGAGAGCCUGGGGCCCAAGGCUGCAGAGCUGCUCAUGGAGCGGGCACACCCCAGCCCACGCCGCAGGAGGCCGCUGGCGGCAUGA